AUGGACUCCCGCUCCGAUUGGUUCUCCACAAUGUUGCAGCCUGCAGUGUAUAUUCUGUGGCUUCUGACAGUGGAUAUCUCGACUUGUGGCGAACUGGCCCGCCAAGAGGCGGAAGCAGCGAGCAGUCUCGACAUGGGUCGAUUUUCGGGAAUCCGGAAGGCGAUGAGCCACAUGAGAAGGCCGGUAAGACAAGGUGCUCAGGGCGCUUUUGACGGUGCUCCCAAAACGACAUUGGCUUCCGAAUUCGAUACAGACAAUCAGGACAAGUGCAUUCAAAAGAUUCUAGAGGAGGGCACCAUCCAGACUGCGGAAGCCGAGGAAGUGUAUCAGAUUGCGCUUCAGGACUUCGCGGCGACGUUGACCGACUGGGACACGACUGCGACUCUUCUCCGGGAAUAUAUUUUGAUGGUCACACGGCGCGGCAACAUAUGUGAAGCCAAAACGACAUACUACCGUGUGAUUCGGAAUUUUAUACUCAGGCUGGGGCGGUCUCAUGAGGCAACCCUUCUCUUGAUCUACGAGACCGGGAAUGCGCUUUGGGCAAGCGGCGCUUUCUCCGAGGCCGAGAAAGUCUACCAGGAGGCUGUAUUCGACCUCGACAGUCGCAGGCAGAAGAACAAUGCUGUUUUACUCCAUGUGAUGGACAAACUUGGCAUUGUGUACAUGCAGCGAGGACGGUGGAAAGACGCAGAAGAUAUGCACCACGCCGUAUUGAAAGGGUAUUUGUAUACAUAUACAUACCAGAACAAUUUUCAUCCUAAUGUCAGUGCCGUUGUUCUCAAUCUAGCACCUGCCCUGCGUGCGCAGGGGAGGCUCGAAGAUGCAGCCCAGAUGCUCCAGUGGGGAUCCUCUGGCCUCCAACAAGCAUUUGGGUUGGAUCACCCGGACACCAUCCACGCUUUCGACCAGCUUACACUCAUGCACGCAGCAACAAGAAAAUUUACGGAUGCCGAGUUCGCCCUCCGCUCCGCCCUGAGAGGUUGCGAGUGUUUGUAUGGCCAACACUCUGAGGAGACGCUUCGGAGAAGAGUCGAGCUUGCCGUCCUCUUCAGAGACGGAGGCAAGUUUCAAGAGGCGCAAGCGGCGUGCGAGUUGCUUCUCAGCGAAUGCGAGAUGUUCGAAAGCGAAUUCAGAUUUUCGGUGCUCAACUGCUUAGGUACAGUCCAUACCCUGGCUGGCCACUUUGGCAAAGCGGAGGAAGAGUUUGCAGCGGCUCUAGCAGGUUUCAGGAAGCAAGGAGGUCAACAGUCUCCCUUGGCUCUGAUUGCUCUUUACAACAUGGCAACCGCUCUCCAUGCCCGAGAACGACCAGAUCUAGCCGAGGUCGCCUACUGCCAGGCACUCGUUGGCCUUAGACAGGUUGUGGGCCACAACCAUAUUGCAACCCGAGCCACCGCAGAAAUGCUUGGACUCUGA